AUGAACCAAAUUCCUAUAGCAGAAGUCAAUGAAGAUUUAGAUUUUGAAGAAUCUAACAAACCUAACAUAAACCAGAUUACUGUAAAAGUUAAUAAAAAUCAAGAAUUUGAAGAAUCUAACAUAAACCAAAUCACUGCAGCAGAAGUUAAUAAAGAUCAAGAAUCAGAAAUACCUAAUGUAGAUCAAAUUACUUUGACAGAACAUAACAUGAUUUUUAAUAAAUCAUUCAUUGAAACAUUAAAGCAUAAUUAUAAAAAUUAUAGUCCACAAUUUCAGACCACUCUUGAAAAUGUUGAUCCACUUGCACAUAUAAGAAGUAGCACAAAAAUUCGAACACAAGUUGAGUCUGUAAAGCGCAGAAAAAAAGCCAUUUGUAAUAAGAAAAAUAUUAAUUAUCAUGCUAUGCCAGCACAUAAGAAGCAAACAACCAGUAAAAAAGCACAUAGUCUUAGUUAUAAUGUGAAUAAUAAUCAGUUAAAUUGA